AUGAACGAAAUAAUAAGUUUUUUAAUUAAGUGGAAAAUUGUUCAAAAAGUUCGGGAAAAUAAUAUUUUUAUUGGUAUAAGUAAAGGUUUCUUCUUUAGAGAGUUCCACAGACAUUCGUCAAAUGAAAAUGUGUUAAAAAAUAAAGAAAUAAAUCGAAAUAAAAAACAAGAAAUAUGGAUGAAGAAAAUUAACUCAAAGGAACUACCACGUAAAAAGUUUGGAAACCAAUUAGGAACAGUAGCAAGAAAAUUAUAUUUAAAAUAUUUAUUUAAGAAUAAUAAAGAAGAUGUUAUGGAUUAUAAUGAGAGAAACUGUGGUGGUAGUCUUGAGAAAAAUUACUAUUGUAAGGCUUCAUUAGGAGAGAAAAAUAAUGAGAUAUGUAAUGAUUAUGACGUAAAAAUUGGUAAUAAGGAUAAAUUUAAUAGUACUCAUAUUACAAGUUCUACGAAGAGUAUUAAUGAAUUAAUAGUAAGUAAAAAUGAAUCGGCUUAUAAGCAAAAGAGAAAUGAAAUUUCAAGAUUCCACAAUAAUGAAAUAAGUUCUAUCUCAAAAAGCAGGAGCAUAAUGAAUACUUACGAUUUGAAUGAACAGAGUAAUAAAUGUACAUGGGAUGAUGUAUGUAAUGAACUGAAAUAUCAUUUGCCAUUUCUGCAACCAUAUAGUAUAACGACAGCUUUGAAUUAUUUGUCUAAAGUAAAUUAUAACGAAUAUAACAUUUUCAAAUUAAUAGCUGAAAAUAUUGACGAAAGGUGGAUAAAAAAUUUUAAUAUAAAAGAUUUAUCCUUAUUACUAUUAUCCUAUUCCAGGAUAAGUUCAAAAUAUGACUCGUUCAUAAAUUUAGUCAGCAGAGAAUUAUUAUUUAAAAUAUGCUAUGGUACAUUUGAAGAUAUAUCUCAAAUAGCAUAUUCCUAUACCAAAAUGAAAAAAUACGAUUAUGAAGUUUUUGUUCAUUUAUGUAAUGAGACAAAGAAUAAAAUAAAAAGUGACUUACACCAUUCUGCAAAUAGUAAUAGUACUACUUAUAACUUAAAUAGUUACAGUGUUAAAGGUUGUAAUGGUAAAACUCAGAAUAAUAAUUCCAUAAGUCAUGACAUAAAAAAUUACAUUAACUACAAUGUUGAUGUUAAAAAUACAAUAGAACAAAACAGUAAAAAUGAUGCGAAAUUGGGAAAGGAGGAAUUCUACCACACAAUAGUUGAGAAAGAAAAUUCGCAUGAUAAAAUUGGUAAUAUUGGAGUAACGGAUAGUAAAAACAAAUCGUUUGGUGAUAUAGACAGUGAGUUCAAUUCAAAGAAGGGGAGUCAAAAUUCAUGCGUAAUAAAAAGUAGUAGUUUCUUAGAUAAGGAAAAAAUCAAUGAUAAAACGAAUGGUGAAAUAAAAGAAGAUAAGAAAUAUUCUUAUAUAUGUCUAUUAGUGUAUUGUACUGGUAAAAUGAAACAUUGUGAUAAUAGUUUGUUUGAUUUAAUUUCAAAAUAUAUAAAUUUUGACAAACUUAAUAAUAUAGAUAUAAGUAAUUUGUCGUAUACAUUUUCUCUAUACAAUUUUUAUAAAAAUUGUUUUUAUGAAAAAUUCUGUUUAAAAAGUAUUCAAAUUAUUCAUCUAACUGAACCAUUACAUAAGGUUAUUAUCAUGACUUAUCUGUUAAAAUAUCCGAAGGUUAAAAUGUUACAUAUCUAUUUUACAUAUAUAUUUUGUAUAAACAAAGAAAUUAAGGAAAAUAAGAAUACAUAUAAACAGGUGCUGUUUCUAAAUAUGUGCAUAAAUAGCUUUUCUUUUGAACCAUUUUUAAACUUCUUACUUGACGUACUAGCAAAUUCAAACAAAAAAGAAACGUAUGAUCAAAGUGAAGAUAUAAAUAAAGUGUGUUUCAUAGUAAACAGUUUGGUUGAUUAUACAAUUUUUUUUAUGCAAAAUAAAAAUAUGUCUUCUCGAGAUUUUCCAAAGGUUUUGAUUAUAUUAUUCAAAAUACGCCAUAAAAAUAAUGAUCAGUCGACCCAUUUCUCCUUAUCGGAUUAUGAUCAAAUGGUGCCUAUAAAAAAGGUCGACGCUUUAAUAGACGAAGUUUUAGACAAAGUAAUAAAUAAUAUGAAGCAAUUUCACACCUUCGACUUGGUUAACAUUAGGAAUAUUCUAAAUUUAAAAGGUGAAAAUGAAAACAUUCAGUUUGGACAGAAAAAAAGGGAAAUUUUAAAUUUUAUUGGCUCGCUCAAGCGUUAA